AUGGCGCACAUGUGCAGGCAGAUCACCGGCAGCGUGGCGAGCUGUGCCGGCUGGGUCGGGGUCAUUAUCGCCACGGCCACUAACGACUGGGUCCGGACCUGCGACUACACCGUGGCGACCUGCGUCCGGAUGGACGAGCUGGGCUCCCGGGGCCUCUGGGCCGAGUGCGUCAUCUCCCCGGCGCUGUAUCACUGCGUGGCGCUCAACCAGAUCCUCACCCUGCCCGCCUACGUGCAGACGUCCCGGGCCCUGAUGAUCUGCGCCUGCCUGCUCGGCCUGCCCGCCAUGCUGCUGGUGCUGAUGUCGAUGCCCUGCGUCCGGCUGCACAAUGACACUGCGGCCAGCAAGCAUCGCCGCGCCUUGGUGGGCGGCAUCCUCAUCCUCAUCAUGGCUGUGUGUGGCAUCGUGUCGACAGUCUGGUUCCCCGUUGGCGCCCACCAGGACGACGGUCUGAUGUCCUUUGGCUUCUCGCUGUACUCCGGCUGGGUCGGCUCCGCCCUCUGCCUCCUGGGCGGCUCUGUCAUUCUCUGUUGCCACGGCAGCGACCCCGCGACCCCGAGGAGGGAGAACAGCUUCUACUACUCCAGGCAGGGGGGCACGGCCACGCCCCUGGACCCCCCCGCCAACCACGCCAAGAGCGCGCACGUGUGA